AUGACACACUCGACUACUCAAGAUCAAGCGACUAAGCUAGACUCUGCGAUUCGGGAGCUCAUCACAACUUAUGAUGAACUGAACUCAAGUCUCGUCGAUGAAUUAUAUGAAGAGCCAAGUGCCCUUGAGUUCAUGCAGUAUGUCGCCAGGAAUCGGCCGUUUGUUGUAAGAAAAGGUGCUCAAGACUGGACGGCCAUUGAAAAGUGGGACUCACAUUAUCUUCUCAAUGUCCUUGGUGACAGCCUCGUCAAUGUAGCAAUCACUCCAUUCGGCAACGCAGAUGCAGUUUUGCAAGAAGAUGAUGGUUCACUAUCCUACGUCAAGCCACUUGAACGGCUCGAGCCUUUCGACAAGGUCAUCCGCUACAUCGCAGAACAAGAAGAAAAUCCGUCAGUAUUGACACCCAUCAAGUAUGCUCAGACGCAAAACGACAACCUUCGCAACGAGUAUUCCCCUCUUUUCGACGAUGUCCCUUCCGAUAUACCCUUUGCUCGCAUCGCUCUCCGUAAAACACCCGAGGCUGUGAAUUUCUGGCUCGGCAACAGUCUUUCCACCACAUCUCUUCACAAAGACAAUUACGAGAACCUGUACGUUCAGGUGCGAGGCCAAAAGCACUUUGUCAUCAUGCCCCCCACAGCUGCUGCUGCUGUCAACGAGCAAAGCAUUCCUGGCACCACAUAUGUCUCAACCAGCCAGGACGAGACAGCGGACCUGAAAGUGCAGGAUUUGAAGCAUGUGCUUGAUGAGCCUGAAUUGAUCGUUCCAGUACCAACGUGGGAUCCGGAUUUUCCUGAUGUUAGACCGACGCUGUACUCGAAGCUUGUCACGCCAUUACGAGUCACGCUCAACGAGGGUGAUAUGAUGUAUCUACCUGCCAUGUGGUAUCACAAGGUCGGGCAGAGUUGUGGUGAUGAGGGUUACUGUUGUGCUGUCAACUAUUGGUACGACAUGGAGUUCUCUGGAUCGUUCUGGGCUUCCAAUGCCUUUGCUCGCGAUGUCGCCAGAGCGGUCAACAAGUAG